CUUCCAUCUGGCAGGACAAACCAAAGAUGAGAGCCCUGGGAGCUGUCGUCGCCCUUCUCCUCUGGGGGCAGCUUUCUGCAGUGGACGCUGGCAAUGAGACCACGGAUAACACAGAGGUCAGCUGCCCAAAACCUCCAGAGAUUGCGAAUGGCUAUGCGGAGCACUUUGUUCGCUACCAGUGUAAGGCCUUCUAUAAACUGCGCACCGAAGGAAAUGGAGAGUAUAUGUUAAACAGCGAGAAGCACUGGACCAACAAGGCCAUUGGAGAGAAACUUCCCGAAUGUGAAGCAGUGUGCGGAAAGCCCAAGAACCCGGUGGAUCAGGUGCAGCGGAUCAUAGGUGGAUCAGUGGACGCCAAAGGCAGCUUUCCCUGGCAGGCCAAGAUGGUCUCCCAUCAUAAUCUCACCUCGGGCGCCACACUGAUUAGUGAACAAUGGCUGCUGACCACGGCUAAAAAUCUCUUCCUUGGCCAUAAGGAUGAUGCAAAAGCAAAAGACAUUGCCCCAACUUUAAAACUCUAUGUGGGGAAAAAUCAGCCUGUGGAGAUUGAGAAGGUGGUUCUCCACCCUAACUACUCCAAUGUAGACAUCGGGCUCAUCAAACUCAAAGAAAAGGUGCCCAUUGAUGAGAGAGUAAUGCCCAUCUGUCUACCUUCAAAAGAUUAUGCAGAAGUGGGGCGUGUGGGCUACGUGUCUGGCUGGGGGCGAAAUGCCAACUUUAAUUUCACUGAGCUACUGAAGUAUGUCAUGCUGCCUGUGGCUGAUCAAAACAAUUGUGUGAAGCACUACGAAGGCAGCACAGUGCCCGAAAAGAAGUCCUCGAAGAGCCCUGUAGGGGUGCAGCCCAUACUGAAUGAGCACACCUUCUGUGCUGGCUUGUCCGAGUUUCAGGAAGACACUUGCUACGGUGAUGCUGGCAGUGCCUUUGCCAUUCACGACCAGGACGAUGACACCUGGUACGCAGCUGGAAUCCUGAGCUUUGAUAAGAGCUGUAGGGUUGCCGAGUAUGGUGUGUACGUGAAAGUGCCCUCCAUCCUGGCCUGGAUUCAGGAAACCACAGCUGGCCACUAAUGCUGCCUGGCUGGGAGCCCUAGCCUGACAGCAAGACUUUGCUCUGGAAGAGGAAACUGGAUGGGAGGAGGGGGGAUAAAACGGGGGAUGAGCAGUGCUGAGUCAAUCAAUAAAGAACUUUCUUUUGAGUCA